GUUAAUAAUACGCGCAAAACAAAUUGAGGAAAUUUAAAAUUAUUUACAUAUUAGUUAUUACACACAUCGAUUCUCGCUCUCGUUCUCUCCAAUUUCCUCAAACCCUAAUUUCCUCAAUCCUGGUUUUGGAAUUCGACGAUGGAGCAGAAGAGGAGCAGUAGCAAGAUGUACAACCUGUUUGUGAAGCACUUGGACGGGAAAACCCUAACCCUCCUAUUCCCCUCUCCGAUCCUCUACGCGAGUUCCAUCAGGGAUCGCCUCUUCCAACUCACCGGAAUCCCCGCCCACCACCAGCGCCUUGUUACCGGCUGCCGCCACCUCAACGACGACAAAUCUGCCAUCCAAUGCCUCCCGGAGGACGGCAACAUGUUCCCCUCCGUGCGCCUCCUCCUGCGCCUCAAGGGCGGCAAGGGAGGCUUCGGCUCGCUUCUCCGUGGCGCCGCCACCAAGGCCGGGCAGAAGAAGACCAACAAUUUCGACGCGUGCCGCGACAUGAGUGGCCGGAGGCUGAGGCACGUCAACGCGGAGAAGAGGUUGGAGGAGUGGAAGGCCGGAGAACAGGAGAGGAAGCUCGAGAAGGUGGCCGAGGAGUUUCUCAAGAAGCAGAUGAAGAAGGGAAAGGGUAAGGGUGAAGGUGAGGGUGGGGCUCAAAAAUAUGUCGCCAAAUAUAGGGAGGAAUCUGAACGUUGUGUUGCCGAGGUUGCCUUGUCCGUUAAGGAGGCUCUCACUGCCAAGCGCAAGAGCCCUUCACAACCUCACCAUGAUGCUAAGAAAUUGAAGAUAUGGAUGGGGAAGAGGAAAUUGAAUGAAAGUGAUAGUGAUGAUUCUGAUGAAGAGGUGGAGAUCGAGAAAUCAGAUUUGUUGAAUGGUCCGAAUGAGUCGGGCUCUAAUAAGGCUGAGGGCAGUUUGGGUUCGGUAAAUGGGGGCGGAGGCUCUUCUGGUGCUGGCUCGUGUGAAAGUGGGUCUGAAGAAGAGAAGGAAGCUGCUGUAGAAGGAAAUGUGGGAUCUGUUGCGAUGCUGGGUGGUGAAAGUAUUCAGGCUGCAGCUGAACCUGUGAUAAAUGAUGAGGCUACUGAAAUGCCAAAGGAGUCGGUGGUUGCUGGAAUUAAUGCUGAAGAUAAUGGAUAUCAGGAUUGCUAUGUAGGCGUGCCUGACAAGUUCGAUGGUGCUGUGAAUCAGGCCUCAACUGUUAUGGGCUCUGAAACUGUCGCCAGUGCUGGUGAAUCUAAUUAUAUGGAAAUUGAUGGAUCUCUUGAGCAUAAAGCAGCAGUCAAUGAAGAAAGCUCACCAAGCACUAGUGUUCCUGUGUUGGAGGAGCCCCUGAAUUUUGAUGCCUUUAAUUCAGCUGCUGAACUUGAGGUUCUUGGCUUGGAAAGGUUGAAGUCUGAACUGCAGUCACGUGGGUUAAAAUGUGGAGGUACUUUGAAGGAGCGUGCUGCCAGGCUUUUUCUUUUAAAAUCAACUCCCCUGGAUGAACUUCCAAAGAAGCUGCUUGCGAAGAAGUAAGGAGAAUUUUGAAAUGGCAGUUCUUUCUCUGUACAGUAUUUCAUAACUGUUUGCACCUUUUACAUGGGUGUCAGUUCUAUCCUCUGAUGACUUUGGGAACUGACUGAUGCAUGCCUUUUCUGUUCGUUUUAGUGUUCAUAUUGGGCUGUAUUUUGAUGUAAUAAAUACCGUUACCAGCCAGCCAAAGGAAGCUGAACACUGUAUAACCCAAGAAUUGUGCAUUAUGAACAAUUCCAAAUUUUCUUUUUGGUAUUAUAUUAUGAGAUGACGAGUAUCAUCAAUGGCUGGAUAUUGUUGUUCCUAAUUUAUCCAAUUAUUAUUAUUAUUACAA